UUCUAAUCCAUUCAGAAUCUCCUUCUCGUGUAUUUGGUCGAUUCCACAACGAGUUUAUCUGCAGAUUCAUGAUUUCCUACUGUGGUAGUUGUGGAGAGUAAACGACGGAGACAGUUUGAGGGAAAGGCAAAGGCAUGGAUCCGGGAGGUUGGGUUGUCGAAAGUGACUCAGGUAGCUGGGGAUCCCUGACCGUCGAAACCUUGCGCAACGUCGAUGCAGCUCGUGUGAUUGAUGACUGCCUCGCUGACUCUGACUCAGCUUUCAAAUUUGGGUUUUGGUUGGAAGCCUGGUUUGGGAAAUCGGGGGAGGGAGGAAUUCGUUUGCAACCACAGGAGCCACCCUACUCCUCUGCCCACCACGAAAUGGAAGAAUCCCCCCCCUCUCUCUCGCCUUUCGAGUUCUGGUGAAUGCUUCCAGAGGGGCUUUGAUUCGUCGUCGAAUUUCUUCACUACGAAGGGCCAUCAUUACCAACCAGUACGCCGCCCCCUCUCCCGGCCAAUCGCCUACAACUUUCCUAGAUGCUGCCUCCCCUACCUCACCCGGAUAUUUCUUUACUACUUGAUUUCCAGCAGCAGUCGUGAUCUCGGAGCAGUCGCUUCAUUGAUCGAAUUCCUCCAAUGCAACGUGCUGGAAUGGUAAUGUAGGAGAGGUUUGGAUUUGUACGUCCAACUGCGACGUUUCGAGUGGAGGGAGCAGUAGUUGGAGUUUAAUUAGUGCUUGGUUGCUUGGAGAAUUAGCCCUUCUCGCGAGAUGGCGGCUACGAUGGCGUGCGUGUCCACUAGCUGCUGCUCCAUUACGAGUUCUCGGGACAGUUAUGGACGCCAAGGGCAGCAGCAGCAGCAGGGAGGCCAGGGUGCGGCCCCAGCUUCGCCUCCAUUUCGGUCUGGCUUUUCCGGGGAGAAACUUGCAGCGUCACUGAAAGCUCAGGCGUGGUUGCCAGUUGCUCCCCUCAAGCAGCGGAAAGAUUCCAAGGGCCCUCUCUCGGUCUCGUCCGUCUUGAUGGAGCCCCGACCUCUUGAAGACACCAUUGUUAACACUGGGGAGGCCACGCGAGUUGAUCCGAGAACAGUUCUUUCAAUUAUCCUCGGAGGUGGUGCGGGAACGCGCCUGUAUCCCCUCACUAAGAGACGCGCUAAGCCCGCCGUGCCUAUCGGAGGUGCGUACCGAUUGAUCGAUGUACCCAUGAGCAAUUGCAUCAACAGUGGCAUUAACAAAGUCUUUAUCCUUACUCAAUUCAAUUCCACUUCUCUCAACCGUCAUCUCGCACGCACCUACAACUUCGGCAAGAUUAAUUUUGGAGACGGAUUUGUAGAGGUCUUGGCAGCUACCCAGACUCCAGGUGAUAAGGGAGCUGAGUGGUUUCAAGGGACAGCUGACGCCGUUCGGCAGUACUUGUGGUUGCUUGAGGAUGCCAAGAAUAAGGUUGUGGAAGACGUAGUAAUUUUAUCCGGAGACCAUUUGUACCGUAUGGACUACAUGGACUUUGUUCAGAAGCACAGGGACAGUGGUGCUGAUAUCACAAUCUCUUGCGUGCCAAUGGACGACAGUCGUGCUUCAGACUACGGGCUGAUGAAGAUUGAUGAUGAAGGACGAGUUCUGUAUUUUAGUGAGAAGCCAAAGGGUAACGAUCUGAAGAACAUGCAAGUUGAUACAACAGUUUUGGGACUGUCCCCCGAAGAAGCUGUGGAGAAGCCCUAUAUUGCAUCUAUGGGCAUAUACGUGUUCAAGAAGGACGUUCUCAUGAAACUUUUAAGGUGGAGAUAUCCAACUGCCAACGACUUCGGAUCAGAGAUCAUUCCCGCAUCAGCCAAGGAGUUUAAUGUUCAGGCGUACUUGUUUAAUGACUAUUGGGAAGAUAUUGGAACCAUUAAGUCCUUCUUUGAUGCCAAUUUAGCUCUCACUGCUCAGCCACCCCAGUUCAGCUUCUACGACGCUGCCAAACCUAUCUUUACGUCACCACGAUAUCUUCCCCCAACCUCAAUAGAACAAUGCAUGAUUAAGGAUUCAAUUGUCUCGCACGGAUGCUUCCUAAAAAAUUGCAGUGUAGAGCAUUCAAUUGUCGGAGUUCGAUCUCGUCUGGAGUUUGGCUCCGUCUUGAAGGACACAAUGAUGAUGGGGGCUGAUUACUACGAGACAGAGGAUGAAGUAGCUGCGAUGUUGAAGAAUGGAAAGAUCCCCUUGGGAGUUGGUGAAAACUCUAGAAUCAGCAACUGCAUUAUAGACAAGAACGCCAGGGUCGGAAAGAACGUCAUCAUCGCAAACACUGAUAACGUUCAAGAAUCUGCAAGGCCAGAGCUUGGUUUCUACAUCAAAACCGGAGUGACGGUGAUUGAGAAAAACGGCAUUAUCAGGGAUGGAACCGUGAUCUAAAUCUGGGAAUAAGGACAGGGGCGUUGAUUUUACCAAGAUGAAGAACACACCAUGUAUCUUAGUAAACACCCAAUUUUUUCUCUUUUAGCUCCACUAAUCAACCUGAUACCAAAACACAUUCAUUUUGUAGCUUACUUACCUGUAGGAAGAUGACAGCGUAAUUUUUUAAUCUUUUUAAUCUUUUUAUUCUGGAAAUCGUAUCGGGGUGAAGUGGUUUCUGAACAAAGCGUGGUGAUGAUACUUAGUAACAACGGGAAGACCAGGUGACAUAGUAGUAGAAUACGCAUUUGUAACAUUGGCCAUACAAUAUUUCUGUCAAAGCAUUUUAAUUUAGCCACACACUUCAAUAGUUUGUUUCAAA